AUGAAUCCGCAACAAAACACCACCGAACAACAGCAAUUGGAAGAUUUGGUCAAGCUUAUUAAAUUGGCUCGUGAAGAAGGUAUACCUAUGGCUGACAACGAUGGACGUAACGAUCACCAGCUCGCUUGCGAUUUCUUACUUUACCUGCAAUAUGCAUCAUACAAGCUCAAGAAUGGGUGGCAGAAUUAUAAUCUAGCAACUGUUACACAAUUAUACGAAGAAAAGAUGAAGAUGGAAAAUCUUUAUAAAAACAAUAUAAGGUUUACAUGUAACUCUGAGAAUUCUACACAAAUUGAUGCAGAUUACUUUGAUUUUCUUGAUUAUUCUUCUAACGAUGAAUAUAAUCAAGUUCUUGAAACUAAUGUAAAUGAUGGUUGUACAGUGUUAAAGGAGUUAGAUCUAUCUGAUUCAACUCAUAUAUCUACGAACAGUCCAACAACGAGUUCCUCUCUUCCAUUUCAUUCAGACCAGACAUAUUAUCCAACAGAUGCAAACAUUUCACAAGAUUCAUCGAAAUAUGGAUCACAAAUUAUAGCAGCAUUUCUGAAAUCCGAUUGGCCAUCUGAUGAUGAGGAUGAGACACCCUUUUCGACAUCGAUUAAGGAACGUGGCAAAGCAUUAUAUGAAGAAAAAAGGCGACAAGCGGAGGUUGCUUCAAAAAGUGACAUGACGUAUGUUCAAGUGCAGCAAGCACUUUUGGCAAAUGAAAUUAAUGUGAACGAAUCAUCUAAAAAUUCCGGCCGAAGGUUGACGAGGAAUUCUCUCAAAGGAAAAAGGACGACAACGACGAAGGCAACAAACAUAGGGAAAAGAUCGAGAAAACAUAUAGGUACGGGUCGACAAGUUGUGACGUCAUCGGGAUCGAUGACGUCCUCUGGAAUAAACCAAACGUCAACUACGGUUCCCGGAUUACAAGUUAUUUCACCAUGUACGUCUUUGGUCGGGUUCGGUCAACAACAAGCAGAAGACGAAGAACGGCCACAAACCCCCGUAAGGGGAACAAAGAGAAAGUUUCGUGAAGGAGAAAUCGUCGCCGAAAAUCCCGCACUUAUGGACUUUGACGUCAAUAAAAUGUUUGACGAUUUUGACUCGGCCGCACACGCAGCUAAUGUAACGCCGGGAACGAUGUAUAAUCAGCUUUUAGCUGAUAUCUCUCCGUCGAUACGGGACCGUUUUACAGCCAACUCUCCCGGGCCGGAAUUUGAUGAUUUGUGGGCUACAUAUGGUGCUCCUGCUAACAAACGACUUCGAAAGAGUUCGAAAGGUAGAGAAUGGACAAUAGGUUUCGAGUCUGAGAUAUCUGAAGUUCGCGGCGUCGCAGAAGCAGGACAUUCUUCUUACCAGGCAUCAUUAGAUGCUUGGGCAGCAAGUGACGCAGCUUCCGGCGAAGUGUCGCAAACAUCAGUUGAAGUUCCUAGUACUCCGCCACACCAGAUUAGGUCGGCUACUUGCGUGAGAACUCCAGGCUCAGCGUUUUCGCUGAGCGAAUUCCUCAACUUGUCGCCAUCGCCUAUAAUUAAAACUAAUAUUGCAAAAACGAGAUGA